GGGGGACACACUGACACUUCACAAUGGCUGGAAGACAGGCAGUGAAAGCCUAUUUAGAUCUCAUGUCGCAGCCAUGCAGGGCUGUGCUAAUAUUCCUGAAAAACAACAAAAUCCCACAUACGGUGGAACAUAUUGCGAUACGAAAAGGGCAGCAGAAGACACCUGAGUUCACCAAACUCAACCCCAUGCAGAAAGUGCCAGUGUUGGAGGAUAAUGGAUUUGUUCUUACUGAGAGUGACGCCAUAUUGAAGUACCUGGCGACAACCUAUAACGUCCCUGAUCACUGGUACCCCAAACUGCCAGAGAAGAGAGCGCGAGUGGAUGAAUACACAGCCUGGCAUCAUGCGAACACACGUUUACAUGCUGCCGCGGUCUUCUGGCUUGAGUGUUUACUGCCUCUCAUGACGGGACAGCCAGCAAAUCCCGCAAAGCUCGAAAAGGCGCUAUCAGACCUGGAGGGCACACUAGACAAGCUGGAAAACAUGUUUCUGAAGAGACAGCCCUUCCUGUGCGGUGAUGACAUCUCAUUGGCUGACUUGUUAGCAGUUUGUGAGCUCAUGCAGCCCCUCGGUAGCGGGAGGGACGUUUUGAAGAACAGACCCAAACUGCUGAGCUGGAAGAGUCGAGUCCAGUCCUCUCUCUCGGACUCAUUUGAUGAAGCUCACGCCAUUGUCUACCGUUUAAGAGAGAAGUUCACAGCUAAACUGUGAAAUAUCAAGUCUCUCUAUUCACAUCAAUUAAUUCUAUACAGCUGAUAUAUUUCACAAACUAUUGAUUCAGUAUGAUUAACAUUAAUGGGAUUAAAGGAGAAAUCCUGCGCAAACUGAACCUUAGGUCUAAUAACACAUUGGUACCUAGUCAACCAUUCUCUGAGAUUUGUUUUCAUGAAAAUUGAAUGUCUAAAAACUGUUUAGCGUAUAAUGCUAGUAUAUGGGGGCAUAUAAUAAGGAAAACAAAAUCGCUAGUUAAUACCAAUAACAAGGCUCAAAAUACACUUUGUGUAUAUAGGCAGGACACAUCGACAAGUCAAACCUCGAACACCGUGCUAAGUGAGCUGAACUGUAUGAACUGCGUUCGUGUUUCGACUUGUCGAGACUGUUUUCCAAAGAUGUCUUUUUAAAAUAUCUUCUAAUUAAACUGUCUGUACACUUACAAAGUUCUCAAUGCUUCGUUUUGCAUGUAGGGACCCUCAUUAUGUUACUGUGUGGGGCUAUUUUGAGCCUUGUUAGUGGUAUUAACUAGCGAUUUCUUUUUACUUAUUAUAUGCCCCCAUAUACUAGCAUUAUAUCCUAAACGUUUUUAGACAUUCGAUUAUCAGGAAAACAAAUCUCAGAGAACGGUCGACUUGGUAUCAAUGUGUUAUUAGACCAAAGGUUCAUUUUUCGCCGGAGUUCUCCUUUAAGGAUGUAUCUGUCUAACAUGGAUAUGCAGUUUGCUCAAUAUCAUGUUUGAUUAAUAAAGGGUUUGAAAUGAGGCGUAUAUUAUCCACAAGUUUGGAUGUAACAAAUGGUAGCGUGGUUCGCUAAAUGUAAAAUGUAAUGGUUUGUGACGAUUUAAUACAUUUUUAUAAUCUACUAAGGAGAAGAAAUUGUAAAAACAUUUGAUUGUUGACAGGAAAAAUAUGUAUUUACAAGAAUGAAUGUUUGUGAACAUCAAGACCCAGGUUUGCUCUUGAAUGAUGAGUUGUCUUCAACUCUUGUGCUUUACCUAUCUGUAAUGAAAAUGUCUUAUUAAAACUGUAACAGUUAAUAAUCUUAAAGUUGAUAAUUUUUAUAUUAUAAUAAUAUCAUAUUUUGUGCAGAGAGCUUG